GCUUGAAUAUAGGCAAGAACUGAAAUGGACUUAAAAGUACUAUAGUAAACACACAGCACUAGUCGCAGUCUGCAAGUGUUUGAAAGAGCGAAAUGGAAGACAUAGAAGAUUUGUUAAUUGGUAGUGGUAGUGGAGGUGGUGCUCCUCCUGGGUUUCGUUUGCCACUCAAUUCAGUUGGAGUUUAUCCCAAGAAAAUCAUUAAGAAGAACAAAGGUUACCUUAAUCAUGGAAUCAGCCUUUCUCAAUCCCUUUUAUCUCCCAAAAUCCCUGGCACUCAGACCAUAUAUAUCAAGACUUUUGGAUGCUCACAUAAUCAGAGUGAUAGUGAAUAUAUGGCUGGUCAGCUUUCAUCGUUUGGUUAUGCAUUAACUGACAUUCCUGAGGAUGGAGACCUGUGGCUGAUCAAUACAUGCACUGUAAAGUCUCCAAGUCAAUCUGCCAUGGAUACUAUAAUAGCAAAGGGUAAAAGUGCAAAAAAGCCCCUCGUGGUUGCUGGAUGUGUGCCCCAAGGUAGUCGAAAUUUGAAAGAACUAGAAGGAGUCAGUAUAGUUGGAGUGCAGCAAAUAGACCGUGUAGUUGAAGUUGUUGAAGAGACUCUAAAAGGUCAUGAAGUGCGGCUUUUAACCCGCAAGACAUUGCCAGCACUCGACCUCCCAAAGGUUCGAAAGAACAAGUUUGUGGAGAUUCUUCCAAUUAAUGUUGGUUGUUUAGGGGCUUGCACUUACUGCAAGACAAAGCAUGCCCGUGGUCAUCUAGGGAGCUACACUAUUGACAGCCUUGUAGGGCGUGUAAGAACAGUUGUAGGUGAUGGAGUAAAAGAAAUAUGGUUGAGCAGUGAAGAUACUGGAGCAUAUGGUCGUGAUAUUGGGGUCAAUCUUCCACGUUUAUUGAAUGCUAUUGUUUCUGAACUUCCUGCUGAUGCAAGCACAAUGCUCCGUAUCGGGAUGACAAAUCCUCCUUUUAUUCUUGAGCACUUGAAAGAGAUAGCAGAAGUUUUGCGUCACCCAUGUGUAUAUUCUUUUCUUCAUGUACCAGUGCAAUCUGGGAGUGAUAAUGUUUUAAAUGCAAUGAAUCGAGAAUACACUGUGAGCAAUUUCAGGACAGUGGUUGAUACCUUAACUGAACUGGUUCCAGGGAUGCAAAUUGCCACCGACAUAAUAUGUGGUUUCCCAGGUGAAACGGAUGAUGAUUUUGCUCAAACUGUCAGCCUUAUUAAUGAAUACAAACUCCCUCAAGUUCAUAUAUCACAGUUUUAUCCUAGACCAGGAACUCCUGCUGCAAGGAUGAAAAAGGUUCCAAGUAACAUAGUGAAGAAACGGAGCCGUGAAUUGACUGCUGUUUUUGAAGCUUUCACUCCAUAUAAUGGAAUGGAGGGUAGAGUGGAAAGAAUAUGGAUAACUGAAAUAGCAACUGAUGGAAUUCACUUGGUUGGCCAUACAAAGGGAUAUGUGCAGGUGCUUGUGAUUGCUCCAGAAACCAUGCUGGGAACCUCGGCUAUUGUUAAGAUAACGUCUGUUGGAAGGUGGUCUGUUUUUGGAGAAGUGAUCCAGACUCUCAACCAAACAAAUAGGGGAGUGGCUUCUGCCGAAAAAAUGCCUAGUGGGGGCAAAUAUUCUCCCUGCUCUGACCCAUGUGAAACUUGUGCAUGUUCAAAAGAGCCAGAGUCUUGUGCUUGCGGACCAGAGAGUUGUGGAGGACAGAAUCCUUUGGAAGAAAGUGCCAUUGCACAGAAUGAUAUGCUGCUGGAAGAUCGAAAUAGAAGAAAUCUAAUAGGAUGGUUAUUAAGAAAGCGAAAAAACCAAACACAGAAAAUAGUGGAGAAUAAUAUUGCCUUGGAAUCCAUAAAAAAGCAAGAGUGGACCAAAGGAACCUUUAGUAUGUGGGGCGCUGUCGAUAGGGCUCUCCUCGGAGGAAUGCUUGUCAGCUUAGUAACAAUUGUAGCUCUACUACUACAUCUUGGUUUUAGGACUACCUCAACCAAGUAAACUGUACUUUCUUUUAAGUUUUACCUGUCCAAUUUUUGAGAGAGGAUUCUUAUGAAAGAUUCAAGAACAUGCCAGGAAAGUUUUUGGUCGUAAUACUGAUACUAAAAUUGUAUUUUUCUGCACAAUCAUUACUAAGAUGUGGCUUCAUUGAUUUGGAUUUUUGGUUUCGGAUAACCACAAAAAGCA